AUGGGCGAAUUGUUACCGGCACAGCGGAUGCUCGAACGCACACCAUCGAGCCAAGUUACUUCCGCAGACAAGUGUCGGGGACUAACUCAGCACAAGCACACACACCCUACAGCGGAAAGUAUAGCAGCCGAUCACCAGGCAUUAUAUGCACGGAUACUUAAGCUUUCGGAGGAACUGUGUAGUGCGGUGGAGGCAAAUGAUUUACCGCGAGCGGAGGCUCCACAAGGCGUGCUCAAGACACUGCGAGCAACACACGAAUCUCGGCCGGCGAACAACAGGAACCACGGGAACCGCGUAGCUGGUCAGAGUGGCCCUCUUGCCGAUACAACCUUGGAGCUCGACACCAAGGGAGCCCUAUGGGAAAGCUUUAAGAAUGCUCAGAUUUUGGGGUGA